AGAGCAAUUUCUAAUUGCACCUAUCGAAUUGGAUGAAGCAAUUUUUUGCAAUUGAUUUAAAUUGGAAAUUCUUUUACACGCCAGCGAAAACAUUUUCAAUUGCAGUCUGUGUGUAUUUUGUGUAGUUCGUCGCUCUCGGUCGAAGACAGCUACACAGAGUGACAGUUCGAACGACUUUGACAGUUCAAGGCAUUGAAUAUAUUGAUUCCGAAUUCCGCGAGUGUCUGACGAAGUGUACACAGGUCACGAAUCAAACUCCAUACACGAGAAGCAGUGGCCAUCUUGAUUUUUUUUCUCUCUGUGUGCUAGUCAAAAAAAAUGUCUGCUCUGCAAAGGAUUCAAUCAUUCUGAAGAGAGAGAGAAAAAAAAAUAACAAAGACAUAAGAAUCGGACUGUGGGCUUGGGUUCGUGUUAUUUGUAAAUCGUAUCACAGAAAAUUGUCGAUUGAAGCGAAAAAAAAUUUGUUGUCGUGGAGAAAAUCAAGUGAUGAACGCGUUUCGCUAAAUGGUGAACUGCGGAAAAUUUGCUGUGAAUUGCUAAAUGCGGACAAAAGAGAGACGUCCAGCGCCAGAUAUACCAUUUUUUUAGUUCAUGAAAUCUGACUGAUUGGAUUGGCUAUAUACGCUGACUUUCAUUGGCACCGAAACACCACUCGUACCUUGUUUUUUUUUUCUUCUCACCAUUUUGGUUGAAAGCAGUGAAGAGAAAGUAUUGUUAUAAGUUUAGGUGUGGUUUUCAUCGUGUGUUAUUUUUAUUAUUUUAAUUUGUCAUCGACAACAACAAAGCGAAAUUAGUGCAUUUCAUCGAUUGGAGGCGACCGAAGCGAAAAAAAACAACAAAAAAUACGAGAUUCGAUUACAUGAAAUUAUCUCCAUAAAUACUUGUUUACCAAGUCCAUUUGCAUUUGUGAGCGUAGUUGUCAAAUUGCAUCUGUAGUGGACCAUCGAAUCGGAGCAAAGCAAGCAAAAAAAAAGUUUUUUUUCACCGUCACAACGAAUGCAUAAUUUCCGAGUCAAAUGCCUAUUUCAAUAAUCAUUUGAAACCUCAAUCGAAGCAUUUUAUCGCAUUAAUGUGAGCUGCCCAAACCAUCAUUUUAUCCGGAGAGAAAAUUUUAUUUUAGUUACGUACAGGAGUGGAGUGUAUGUGUGUGAGGAAGUGAGAGAAAAAAUAAAACAAACGACGCGAAUCCAGUGUGAGUGAAAUUGAUACUUGCUUAUCUUGGUGUAGCUGCAAGGCUCGAAGAGACGACCACGAUACAGGGCAAAAUUGACGUAAAUAUGGAUGAUAGCUCGGCACAACUAGGCGGUGUAACGAAUUCAUCACAAUUAGGCGGCGGCAAUUCAAUUGGAGGAUUGAAUAAGCAAGGCGAUGGAUCAAAUAACGCAAAUUCCCAUGAGCAAAUUUACACCAUUCCGGGUGUGCUUCAUUUCAUCCAGCACGAAUUUUCACGAUUCGAAAUCGAGCGAUCGCAAUGGGAUGUGGAUCGAGCGGAAUUACAAGCAAAAAUUGCCGUACUAUUAGGUGAACGCAAAGGUCAAGAAUCACUUAAAUCCGAUUUAAUUCGCCGCAUCAAAAUGUUAGAGUAUGCAUUGGUUCAAGAGCGCGCUAAAGUCCAUCGUAUGAAAUACGGUUGCGAUCCACCAUCGCUGAGUGAAGUCAGUGCACCGGCCGAUGAGCCGAACAUCACAAAUGAAGUUGCACCCGAUUCGGAAGCUCCAUUCAGUUCAGUGUCAAAUGUAACCUGGCGACAGGGCAGGCAGCUAUUACGUUCAUAUUUACAAGAGAUUGGCUACACCGACACCAUCAUUGAUGUGCGUUCAAACCGUGUACGCUCGUUGCUCGGUCUGACCAACGGUUCAGAGCAAGAGGAAAACAUUAAUCCAAAUGUAAUCGCUAACGAAGGUACUAAGCGCGCUAGUGAUUCACAGGGACGACGAACACCAGCGAAAAAGCAGCAAGCAUCAAUGGCAGAAGCAAUGAUACUCGAUUCAGAGGCAGCAGUUAUGGCCAAUUUUGAAUUUCUGGGCACGGCCGACGUUGAGAUGUCAGACGAUGAUGGCAUAUCCGAUGAUUUGGAUAUGGUCGUAGGCGAUGAAAGCGAUGUUAAAACCACGAAACGCAAAGCCAAAGGAAUCACUAUGCAUGAUGAUGUUGAUGCUGAAGCUGAAGAAGUGUUGAACGAAUUAAAUUCACUCACCGAAGGCGAAGACGCUAAUGCACCGGGCAAAACAUUUUCAAACGAUGUGAGACGAUCGUUGGGUGGUGUUAAGGAUGAUGAUAUCGACGCAUCGCUUGGCUUGGGUGAGCUAGCACAAUUGACCGUGAACAAUGAUGCAGAAACUGCCUACGAUGUGGGCAACGCUAAAGAUUCAUCGUAUAGGAAAACAUGGAAUGCCAAAUACACACUUCGAUCGCAUUUCGAUGGCGUGCGUGCACUAGUAUUUCAUCCACAGGACUCGGUUUUAGUGACCGCGUCCGAGGACCACACAUUGAAAUUGUGGAAUUUGCAUAAAACUGCGCCCACCAAAAAAACCACAGGCUUAGACGUCGAACCACUAUAUACGUUCCGUGCACAUACAUCGCCAGUACUAUGUCUGGCAAUGUCAUCGAAUGGCGAGCAAUGCUUCUCGGGCGGUUUGGAUGGUACGAUCAUCUGUUGGAACAUACCCGGCUCGAAUAUCGAUCCAUAUGAUAGUUAUGACGAAUCUGUGUUGCACUCAACGCUCACCAGUCACACAGAUGCCGUCUGGGGAUUGGCUUUUAAUCCAGACAAAGGCCAUUUAGCAUCGUGUUCAGCCGAUGGCACCGUAAAAUUAUGGUCACCAAAAACAUUACUCAACACAAUCACCGGCACCGAAACCGAUGCAACACCAACAUCAAUAGAUUUUGUUCGCGAUGAACCCGACCGAAUAGUGGUGGCAUACAAUAACGGCGCCUGCAUCAUCUAUGACACAGAAAGUGGCAAAAUCGUAGUCAAAUUUGAUACCACACAAGAAACAAAUGGCAAUGGUGGUAAAUUCAUAAACAAAGUGGUUUGCCAUCCAACACUACCCGUAACAAUAACAGCGCACGAAGAUCGUCACAUUCGUUUCUGGGAUAAUAUAACUGGUGCGCAGCUACAUUCAAUGGUUGCUCAUUUAGAACCGGUAACUAGUUUGGCAAUCGAUGCCCAUGGACUCUAUUUAUUAUCCGGUUCGCAUGAUUGUUCGAUACGGCUAUGGAAUUUUGAUAAUAAAACGUGUGUGCAGGAGAUCACCGCUCACCGAAAGAAAUUUGACGAGAGCAUUUUCGAUGUUGCAUUUCAUCCAUCACGUCCAUACAUCGCUAGCGCUGGUGCUGAUGCUUUAGCAAAAGUAUUUAUCUAAGUUCACGAAUGAAUGAAUGGCAAACACGCGUACACUGGGACAGAAAGCGAGAGAGAGAGAGAGAGAGAGAGAGAGAGAGGGAGGGAGAGCUAGAGAGAAAUAUACUAAUAGAAAAGAAGAAAGAAAGAAUUGUUUUCUAUUGCGACUUUAUUGUUUUGCCCCCCCGAUUCUGCUCUGAUUAUAAAUUCUGUGGAUAUAAAUAUUAUUAUUAUAAUUAAUGCGUCUAGAAAUCAUCUCUUAAUUUUUGUUUGUUUGGCCAUUUUCGGCCAAUCGAGCAAACCACUUUUUGUUUGAACCGAAUUCAGUAGAGAAGUAAUGAAAGACGGAUGGAAAAAAGAAAUUGUUUUUGAAAAUCAAAUUGUGCAACAGUCGUUCAUCAUUAUUCAUUAUGGUAUAAAUAUUUUUUUUUAUCGUAGCUAUUUUAUUAUGACAAUUCCUCCUUUAUUUUUUCCUGUGAACAUUUCAUAUUCGAAAUGCAAUGAAACAAUACUACAAUAUACGUGAAUUUAAUUAACUUUUAUAAUAAUUGAUACACAAAAUGAAACAAUCCUCUUGCGAUCAAGAACACAAAGAAAAUUGAUGCAACAGAUAAAUAGAUGAAAAUACAAAAAAAAGAAAAA